CACAGUGCAAACAUUAGCAGCACAAGAUUGCAAUAUGAGACUAUCAGUGGUGUUCUUGAUCUUGACGAUCGUGGUGUGUGCCAUGUUCCAGGAAUCCGAAUCUUUUUUUAUUAUUAAACAAAAGAAAUGUAAGAAGUGUUGUUGUAAACGCCGAUGCCAUAAAACAACCACCACCACUACCACCACCACAGCAGCAACCACUGCAGGAGGUAGAAAAAGACGUGACAUCAUGGACUCAAUUCCAUUUGAAUUCGAAAAUUUAACCCCGGAUGGAAACUAUAACAAAUUUGAAUUUAAAAAUUCAAUCCCGGAUGGAAGCUAUAAAAAUAAAAUGUUAAGAUUUUAUUAGAAAAUUAUGUAACUAUAUAGUUGUACUACUCAAUAAGAUAAACUGUCACUUAGAGUAAUAUCUAAAUUGUCCACGUAAACAAAUAUAAAUUGAAUAAAGAUGUA